AUGGGCAGGAGGCCUAAUUCAAGUGAACAGAGGGAAACACACAUCCACUGUGAGGACGUGAUUGGCAUCGUGGGAGAAAAUUUUACUUUUCCAGUAAAAAUAGACCAAAAAAUAACGGAAAUUAUUUGGACAAAAAACAAGGAUAAAGUGGCUGAAUGGGAAGGGCAAAAGAAAACAACAUAUUUUACAUCUCUCCAUAACAGAGGCUUGCUUAACGAGGAGAAUGGGUGCUUGACUAUAUUUAACUUGGAGAACAAUGAUGCUGGCAAAUACGAGUUAGACUACUUUGAUUCAGCGAAAAAAAAUGACGUCUUAACCUUCGUACUGACUGUGUUGGCUCCCCCUCCAGAACCUGAAAUAAAUUGCAACAUCAGUGGUGAUGGCCUUGUGUUAAAAUGUACAGCAGAUUUCCAGGAACCUCUGAAUUACACUUGGAAGUUCAGAAGCAUAACAAUCCCUCAUCAGACCCAGGAAGUUUUCAUCCCUAUGAAGGAUGUUGAUGCUUCCGAGAAAGCUGCAUGUUUCAUUAAAUUCUCUCAAACAGAAAAGAGCUCUGAAAUCUCUUUGACUCAAUGCUUUCCAGAUAAAAAAGGAGACAGCUAUCACAAAAGAAACAGAGGCGGUCUUAUUGCGGCUUUUCUUCUCAUUAUAGUUGUAGGAAUACUAGGAUUCCUAUACAGAAGAGGUAGAACUGCAUCUGGAACAGGAAGAGCUGCUCAGAAGAACAGUCCAAUGCAUGGCUCAGGAGAAUGUCAGCUACUUUGCUCUGUCGACAGCCAACAACAGCCUAACUCAGACAGAGCUACAUCUUCACAAGCUGUUGAUUAUGAGAAUGAAAAGCCUGAAGCAGACAAAGAAUUGAACAAGGAGGACAGUGCCCUAAAAGACAAGUGGACAGUUAACAAUGGUGUAAAUCAGGAAGAAGUGACCCAGGAUGCAGAAGGUGGAAACAAGGAGCACCUGAGCAACUCUCACAGCUGCAGUAAAUAAGCAAAUAAUUGCUUUGUGGACCAAACAACAAUGGAAGAGAAGCAGUAGAAUUCAACGGUGAAGGAGCUGCUAUCUUCUCUCUUGGAGGUUUUCCACCAGCACUGAAGUCAUCCAUGAAGAAGUGCUUUGAAGACUAGCUGAGCUUUUUCCAGUGCCUAUUUUUCUUUCCUCAGAAGGGACAGCCUCCUGUUCUAGUGUCACUGCGUGAAGAUAAAUAGGCUGAAUCAUGGGCAAAAUCUUUUGUAUUGUUUUGUAUCCAGUUUUAACAAACAGUGCUCUACUAACACAAAAUGUAAGAGCUAAGGCCUUUUUUUAUAAUUGGUAUUUAGAGAUUAACAAAGUCAUACCCAUUUGCAUAAAUGUGGAUCAAUCCAAAGGUAAUCAGCUUUCUAUGCAAUUUUGGAUCAGUACAUUUUUACAAUCAGAAGAAAGACAGUUCAUCCUUCAGCUGUUCCAGAUGGAUGAAAGUUUGCAUUUGCUAGUCUCAGUUCUCCAGCAGGAACUCAAUGCUCCAGACAAAUAUUCUCCAAAAUAGCUAUCUCCAGGAGCUGGCAGAAGACUCGCAAACUGAUCAUCUCCUGAUGGUGGUUGAUUUUGUGAGAAAGCUACAAUUCAGUUUGUUGUUGUGUUGGAACAAAGCUGCUGCUAAUUAGCAGUGGUUUGGGUUUUUUUUCCUUGAACUUUUGAUAUUUUUUGCACUUUUAGGUUUCUUUUUUAUGUCUUAGCUUCUGCUUCAUGUUAUUCUAAGAGAAUGUCAACCUACUCGCUUCUAAAGAAUAAGGGUAUGUUUUUAGGUUGCUUGUGACUGGAAAGAAAACUUGAAAACUGAGGUCAUAUAUACACUGAAGCUCAAAAAGAAUCAAAGAGAAAAGAAUACCAUGUAUUAAUGUUUUCAAAACAUCAAGCUAUGGAGU